AUGCGUUACUCCAUCGCCAUCGCUGCCUUCGCCGGCCUUGCCGCUGCCGUUCCCCAAUACGGCGCCUACCCCGCCGCCCCGGCCAGCACCCCCGCUGCCCCGGCCUACCCUGCCUACCCUGCUCAGCCCGAGUCCAGCAAGCCCGCCUACCCUGAGGUCCCUGCUGAGAGCUCCAAGGCUCCUGAGUACCCAGCCUACCCCGCUGAGACUCCCUCCGCUCCUGCUCCUGAGUACCCCGCCUCCAAGACCCCCGAGGUCCCUGAGCACGAGUCCUCCGCUAUGCCUACUCCUUCGGCCUCCAAGCCUGCUGAGUACCCCAUGGAGACUCCUUCCAAGCCCGCUGAGGUUCCCUCCGUCUCCACCAAGACCCCCGAGGUUCCUGAGCACGCCACCUCUGAGGUUCCCUCUUACCCUGCCUCCUCCAUGACCCCUGAGGUCCCCGAGGCCGAGACCACCUCUUGCCUCAGCUCCACCACCAUCACCGUCACCGUCCCCUACCCCACCGGUACUCCCGUCGUUCCUGGUGCUGGCAAGCCCUCCGGCUACCCCAUGGUUCCCGGUGCUGGCAAGCCUUCCGGCUCUGCUCCUUACCCAUCUGCCCCUGCCGGCGGUGCUCCCUACCCCUCUGUCCCUGCUGGCACUGGUGCUCCCCCUGCUGCCGGCACUGGCUACCCCACCAAGACCGGUGGCUACGUCAAGCCCUCCACCCCCGCUGAGUUCACUGGUGCUGCCUCUGCUCUCAACGUCGGUGGCUUCGUUGCCGGUGUUGGUGCUUUCGCUGCUUUCUUCUUGUAA